AUGCGUGGCACGGGCGGUGACUGGCUGGAGCUGCGUCGCCAACUGUUGGAUUCAGAUCUCGGCGGAGAGUCGAGCAGCAGCGGCCCGUCAGAAGUCUUGUCAGGUUGGUCACUGUUCGGAUCUCCGACCGACGAUGACGUGGACGGCCCGCCCGAGGGCGCCGACGCCGCCGCCAUAGCUGCUGAUGACAUGAUCGUCGAAGCCCCGCCCGUGGAUGCCAUAGUCGAGGUCCCACCCGCUCAAAGCGGGCGCGGCCGUCCACGUCGGAGAACCGUGAACGCUGUGCUCGCAGAUGUGAUGACACACCACGGCGGCAUCUUGGCGCCGCCAGGGUCUGGGGCGCAGCAGCUCGAGAGCCAGGUCGACCCCGUCGACGGCGGACCCGAGGACAGCAUCGGCGGCGCAGCUCCAGCCAAUAUUAACCCUUUCGUGGUUUCAGAUGCAGAGUCGUUCAGACGCCUGGUGUUAGAGGUGGGCGAAGCAAUCGCCAACAACAUAAGUUUAGACGGGUUGUUGGACCAGACGCACAUGGAGAUCGGCCUGGUCUUCACAGAGGCCGUUCGCUCAGAUGAGACCCAGUUGCCUGCGAGGGGCGCCACGGGGUCGAACGACGAAGGCAAUAUAUACAACGACUUGCCCGACGAUGCUGACGAGAGGGCGAAACUGGUCAACGCCGAAUGGAACUAUGGCAUGUUGUUUGUGAAGCGGGGCAGCGGCGGCCAACCUUCCUCAUACGUCAGCUUCUCAUUCAGUCUCUGCACCCCUGUUCAAGUGGUUUCGAAUACAACUGGAGAAUGUUAUUACGCCGUGCUGCACCAGACCCGCCUGGCCGACGCAGACCGCAUCGCUCAGAAGUUCGCCCGCCACCAGAGGAAUACGACCACAGACGGAGACAGGGCGUUCAUCAGAGCUGAGCGUCACCGCUCAUGUGUCUACCCCGACAUGCACUUGCUACAUAAGCUGUGUUGCGUCCAUAGAGCGUCAAAUUGCAAGAAGGAGCCAUUCAAGAAAAAAGUGCCCAGAGAAAUUGAGUUCUACACCAAUCUCGUCCUUGUGAUGCGCAGGGCCUACAACAGCAACACUUUUCGGAGAGAGGUUAAGAAACUUAUACUUGCGCCUGGUCGGUUCACUUACCUGGCGGAGGGGGCCUGCUUGCCAGUGCAUGUGAAACGUCUCGAGCACCUCCUCGACCUUGCGGUGCCGCCCCGCACCCGCAAGAACGUGUGGAGGCGGAGCGUCAUAUGGGCUACGAUCAACGGCGGCAUCGACGGCUCCAGGCUCAUUCACGUUGCGAACUCCCCCAACGGAUGCAGAUCUGAAGAACGAGUUCGGCAAUUGUUGUCCCGCGAUUUCCUCACAGCCAUAUGUCCGCGGGCACCCCGUUCGUUUCCUUGUCGCCAGUGGAAUGGGUGCGAAGAGAUAGUGGAGUAUUUCAUUCUUUUGCAGGGCUUGGGAAUAUUUGCCGACGCAUGGAGCAAGUGGAUUGCCGUGUAUUAUCCCAGCGAGAAGAAGGGCGCACAUCCGAGAGUUGACCUAGACGGCAAGGGCGCGCUCCAAGCGGUCCUGGACUCGAACCCAGCAGGCAUGAGCGUGCCGCAUCUCACCGUCGCAGCGCAGGAAAAGUUGAAAAAGCUCGAACAGAAGAGCCAUAGGGGUACCGUCACGAAGCACUUAGCUACUAUUGGCCCAGAUGAAGUCCUAUCCACUGCCGUCGUCGUGCUGAGAACAAUGAACUUGCACCGCGAUUUCAUCGGUGGGCUGAUCUACUCUUGUGGUGACCAUAAGAAGUUGAAACAGAAAGCGUCAGCAUCCCAGGCGUUGAAGGGCAACCAUGGCCGCACCUUCAUGUAUCAAGUUCUGGAGGCUUACGAUGUGGAGUUGGAGACUCGUCUGGUUGACAACGCUUUCUUUCUGAUGUCAGACUCCGCUCAUUGGGAGAGCAUCCCGCUGCGAUGCAGGACUCUGAGGUUGCAGUGCACUGCGUUCCGCUUGCUAUCUCAGGCCGUCUGCACGACAUCACUUAUCAAGUUGGAGAAAACAUGGUAUCCGAAUAAAACGUUUGCUGGUAUCCGCAGCGACGAUGCCAUGCAGGCGGCUCUCGACGAGAAGGAUUGCUUGCUCGACCCCUGGUCGCUGCAGUUCUGCAGGCACCACAGGCACGGGGUCAUCGCAGACGCGCGGCAUGACUUGAUGCACGUGGCUAGCUUGCUCCAUGAGGACACAGUGAAGCAGGAGUGGAGCCAAGGCGUCUUGCGACGCAUCAUCGCCUCACGAUCGGUCAACACGUGGGUUGCCAGCCUUUCCCGCAUCAACGUCGAAUGGAUCGGCCAAGGGUUCCGCAGGCUGGCGAGAGCCUUUCGGCAGCUUCGGACACCCAGCUCAAGCAGCCCUGCGGCCGACCAGCCAUGCCAGCAACAAGCCCGCGCUGCUGGCGCCCCGAGCGCCCCGCGGAGGCGGAAGCUGCGGGCUGCCGACGUCUUCUUCAGUCGUGAGUGCGGGCAGGAAGGCAACGCACAGCCCAGCUUCUCGGGGAUGUGGGCGAAGUUCCGCAGGCUGGGCGACGGCGACAUCGACGAGCUCCAGCGGCAGGCGGAUGAGGCCAACGCUGAGGUCAACGAGGGGAGGAGGCCUUUUCCGAUGGGUCGGCGCGAGAUGCAGCGGGCCAGGGCCCGCGCCGACGCAGAGGCAGUUGCCGCGAUGCACGUCCGCGCUCAGCUCGCCGAUGGCAGAGUUGGUCAGCCUGCUCCCCUGCACCGCGCCCUGGAGGCCCAUGGGCGCACCCUCGCUGCCGUUGCUGCGGCUGCCCCGUCGGGUGCGUUGGCCGCCAGGCCGAGCGCAGACGCCCUUGCAGUCAUCAAGCGUGCUCUGCGGACCUCUUCGGACUCGGAGCGGCGUGAGGAGAAGGUUGCCGAGCAGCAGGUGGUCGAUUUCGCCGAGAGGGGCGGCCGCGCGGGCGCUCGGGAGCUGGCCCUGGCAGCGGGCCGCGUGGUGCCGCAUGCCGCUGACGCCAGCUUAUUCGUUGCCGACCCGAGGAACGCCCAGUCCGAGGAAGGCGCCCAGAAUUUCUUGCACGCCGAGUGGGCCGACGACUCCGUCUACCAGCGGGCGCAGCGACUCGCUGCGCUGACGGGGCAGACCCGCCCAGUGCGCGCGUUGCGAGGUCUCUUGCAUCGCUUCUGGCAUGGGCUGUCCCGCACAAUAUUGCACAAGGACUGCGAGGUGUUCGACGAGCCACCUGUCCACAGGAGGUGCUGGGAGGCUCGCCGUUGCAUAUGCUGCCCUGAGUCGGCGUCGCUGGUAAAGUUGAGGGCUAACCUCGAGAAGACCACGCGGCGCUUAUACCGCCCUGGAGCUCUUCGGUCCAACGUUGAUUCAGGGUUCAUCGUGUGCUGUUUCAUCGGCUUGGCUGUUCGGCAAGAUGGGGAUGGCGGCCCCGCUGCCGAGUGCGACGAUGGUGCCCUCUACGCGUUCAUGCACGUCGGCUUUCACAGCUGGAGCCCGUUCGAGCCCUUCUACGUCCCCAUGCGGACGCCAGGGUACGUCGUCGACUUGGACGGCGACCAGAAGCUCAGAGAACGCUUGGUGGAGUUGGAGGCGUUGCCUAGGAGUCUUGAUGCGUGGGCUGCUUGCGAGAUCUUCGACUUGUCGAAGCGUUGGCUGCUGGCGCACUUCGAGCUGAUCGAGAACGACACCGUCGUGGGCGCCGUGGAGCGUCGACGGAUCAGCCAGUGGCACGCUCUGGCCGACCGCUUCAAGGCCGCGUGCGACGAGAGCUCCGACGAUGGCGGUGGGGGCGACUCGGAUGGGGGCGACGCUGCCACUGAGGGCGGCGGCUCUGCUGACGGCGGCGGCGGCGAGGUGGGGGCCUCGGGCGUCGAGGAGGAGCAGGCCAUCGUCGAGGCCGCGGUGGAUGGCUCCGACGGCAGUCGAGAGCAGCUGUCGUCUGACAGCUCGUCUACGGCGAGUUCGAGUUCGUCGGAGGACGCUGGCGCCGACGAGCCCCCCGACCUCGGCGUCGAGCAUCCGCCACACCUGCGAGAACAGGCCGUGUGUAGUUUCAGGCUGCCUGGUCAUCUUGGAGGCGGCUCUAUCGUCGCCUAUAAGAACAACGAGAUCUAUGCGUACUGCGGCGAGUGUGAAGCACACGGGAGACGGUGCCGAGUGUCUCGCCGUGGCAAGGGGGCGACCAAGCGGGCGCAGGGUCAAGGCAGGCCGUUGGGCUACCUCAUGGCCUGGCUGCUCUCGGCUGACGAGUGCAGCGACGCCUGGGACCACAAGAACUUGUAUAAGACGAUCGACCAUGCUACCAGGAGGCACGGCAGGGAUAUCCUCAGAGGGCUCGCAGGGUCCCAGGACAUCUUCGAGCAGGAGCGCCAGCAACGGGAUGACGAAGAGUCCGAGCCAGAGAAAUAA